GUCCGGCCCACUAGGUAAAAGACAGGGGUGGCGUUGUUAGACUGUGCUUUUCUUUACUUCUAUGGGCGCUCGUCAAAAAAGAAAAAAGAAUUUUUUUUUAGUCCUCAAUUAGUUAAAAGAGGCACGGGGAGAUUAAAAAAAAGGGCGGGGGUAAUUAUUAGGAAGUGGUUUAAAUGCUUUCAGGAAACUUGACAAUAAUAAAGUGGUCGGAACUGCUAGAGUUGCAUUGUCAGGGGGAGCUACCGAUGUGAAUGUGUAAAAUUUGUGGUGGUGUUCUUUUAAUUUCAACUUCAUUGACUGUAUCUUUAGAUCUGUUGAUAGUCUAGUGAAGGAUUAUUGCCCUGACUAGUCUAGUGAAGGAUUAUUGCACUGACUAGUCUAGUGAAGGAUUAUUGCACUGACUAGUCUAGUGAAGGAUUAUUGCACUGACUAGUCUAGUGAAGGAUUAUUGCACUGACUAGUCUAGUGAAGGAUUAUUGCCCUGACUAGUCUAGUGAAGGAUUAUUGCACUGACUAGUCUAGUGAAGGAUUAUUGCACUGACUAGUCUAGUGAAGGAUUAUUGCACUGACUAGUCUAGUGAAGGAUUAUUGCACUAACUAGUCUAGUGAAGGAUUAUUGCACUGACUAGUCUAGUGAAGGAUUAUUGCACUGACUAGUCUAGUGAAGGAUUAUUGCACUGACUAGUCUAGUGAAGGAUUAUUGCACUGACUAGUCUAGUGAAGGAUUAUUGCACUGACUAGUCUAGUGAAGGAUUAUUGCACUGACUAGUCUAGUGAAGGAUUAUUGCACUGACUAGUCUAGUGAAGGAUUAUUGCACUGACUAGUCUAGUGAAGGAUUAUUGCACUGACUAGUCUAGUGAAGGAUUAUUGCACUGACUAGUCUAGUGAAGGAUUAUUGCACUGACUAGUCUAGUGAAGGAUUAUUGCACUGACUAUUCUCUAACGUAGGCGAGUGCAACGCAACUAGGACUUGAGUCAAAAAUACCAGAAAUUCUUUCCAGGGCCUAGACAUAUCCUCUACGGCUGCUAACAAGUUGGUGUGUGUUGGUCAGUUAUGCGGUACAGGCAUUGUCUCCUGCUCUCGCUAGUGUACAGUGUAGUCCACUGGAGCCACAUAGCUUUGUCCUGUGUCCUCCUGCUCCAAGGCUGGACACCGCUGUCUGUAAGGGAGAGGGCGGCGCGAGGAGAAAUUGCCGCUUUGGGCACGGUACUGAGGACAUUCAAGGACCAGCGGACAGAAGAUGGCACCUAUACGGCAGAGUUCAGAUUAGAUACAGUGUAUAAAGGUCACGACCUCCUGUCUAAAGUAACACGGUCGGUUGCCCCUGGCAACGUCUACAACAUCAGUAACUUUGGCAACAAGACUCAGUGUUUCGCUGACGUGGAGGCAGGAGGGCGAUACAUCCUGUUCUUGACCGUCUACUCUGGUCAGUUGAGUGCCCAGUAUGAAGACUUGUUUGGGGCCGCCUCUGACUUUGAUGAGUCAGACGAGGAAGAGGUGAUAAAUUAUCUAGGCUGGAAUCACUGGACGCCAUGGUCACCCUGUAAUGCCGGAUGCUCUGGUGGUCAACAGAUCAGAAGACGGACAUGCUCAAGAGCCAACAUUAGUGAUUGCAUUGGUGUAGAGGCAGAAGUCAGAACAUGUAACCUCUUCUCUUGUGAAGUGAGCCAUGACCUUUUGACGCUCAUGCGCGUGCGAGAAUUGCCGAUUGGAGUCACCAAAAGUUCAAAUCAAUCAGAAACGUACACAAUCAGUAAACAGGCCAAACUCUCUCUCCCAAUUUCUCAGAUCUAUCAGAAAACAUUCCCUCCAACGUUUUCGUUACUAACCAAGGUCAAGGUGGGACACAGAAGAACAAGGAGUUACUUUUUCGUCAUCAGCGAUGUCCAGGGUAAGCAGCAGGUGGCGCUGUUCCUGGGGAAGAAUAUCAAAUUUCAGUAUUUGGGCAACAACUACGUGUUCAAAAUGGACAUCGCCGAGAAUGUCUGGCACAGCAUUGCUCUAAGUGUGGACGCCACUACUGUGACUCUGUACGCAGAUUGUCAUAACGUCAUUAGAAAAAGGUUGCGAAGCAGAGAAGAAUUUCUUGGUACGAAUUUGAUGAUGUCAAUUGGUCCAUACUUUUCACAAUAUGGAGGACAAUUUGAGGGUGAGGUUGAACAGCUGGUCCUAAGCUCAGACUCAGAAGUGGCCAAGUCCCAGUGUGGUUUGAUUUUACUUGAUCAGAAUGCUGUCAACAAUUUUUAUGAAAUGAAAACACCUUUUCAAUAUACAACCGCAAAACCAAUAGUGUAUGGAUCUCAAUGGUCAGCCUGGUCCGCCUGUAGUGCCACCUGUGGACAGGGAAUGCAGACAAGGGCACUGUUCUGUCAGGCCAACAUUGUCAGUGGUGAUAGCUGUGUGCCUGUAUCUCCACUACCAACGCAGACCAGGAUCUGUUACUUUGGAAGUUGCCAAGUCUGUAGCCCUGCAUGUGAAAAUGGUGGUACAUGCAUACAUGGGAUAUGCAGCUGUGCUCAUAAUUACACAGGCACAUAUUGUCAAAAUAGAUUAUGUGAAGCUCCAUGCCUACAUGAAGGAAUCUGUACUGCUAAUGGGAAAUGUUCUUGCACAAUUAGCUAUACUGGCUCCUUUUGUCAAUAUCCUGUGUGCAAUCCCCCAUGCCAAAAUGGUGGUAGCUGUGUUCAGCCUGAUGUUUGUAGCUGCCCCACAGAAUGGACUGGACAAACAUGUGCUGAGAAAAAAAUAACUUGUCCUAAGGGAUGCUACAAUGGAGGCAAGUGUGUCGCACCAAAUGUCUGCUCAUGCCCUGUAGGGUUUUAUGGCAAAAGAUGCCAAAAAGUUCUCUGUGAACCAAGAUGUCAGAAUGGUGGGGUCUGUGUUUCUCCUGAACUAUGCAUAUGUCCACAGGGCUAUCAUGGGAGCCGAUGUCAGAAAGUGAAAUGUAAUGUUCACUGUAUGAAUGGUGGGACAUGUCUGCCACCAAACCAAUGUCAAUGUCCACCCUUGUUUUAUGGAAAAUUAUGUCAGAGAGAGGUAUGCAGAUUAAUUUGUUUCAAUGGUGGGAGAUGCAACAACAACAGAUGUACAUGCCCUCCAGGUUUUGAGGGCAAACAUUGUGAAAGAAGGUCAUGUAUAUUUGAACAAAUUCAAAUCCCACAAAGGAGAACAUAUAGAAAAGUUAUACAAGAAGAAUAUACUGUACCAUGUGACCUCAGGCCUUACCAUACAUGUAGGAGGACAAGGUUGAAAUAUGUUUUGAUUACUAAAGAAACAUAUAGAACGAUAUACACAUGUUCCUGAUCAAAGUACAAUCUUAAUUUCUAUUGUGAUAUUUUUUGUGAUUGUUUUUUUUUUUAACAUAUCAAAUUUGUUCACUUCAUUAGUUAAUUUUUUUAAAUUUUGUUUUGUUUUGUUAAAUAUAUAAGCAGAAUAAUUGUAAAUAUAUGCCAUCUUGAUUUUUUAAUUCCCAAUAUUUAUUAUUUGUUUUGCAAUAUUUCUUAUCAAUGAAUUCAAAUAGAUUUUAAAUUGUGAAGAAUACUUUAUGUUUUGAUUUCUUACAAUGGCUCAUAGUAUGAUACUGUAGUUUGGGAUAAAUAUUGAAUUAUAUGUGUAUAUUUUCAUUUAUUUCAAUUUUCGUGAAAUCAGUAAAAACAAAUAUAAAACUGAGUAAUUGUUGCAAGUUAUGUAACUUUAUAAUACUAUUUCAAGUCUGAGCAGCUUUCUUUCAUUUAGGGAUCUUGAAUUCAAAUCUAGGUUAAAUGUUUGACUCAGGAUUUGUUGACAAAAACUAGGCAUUUGGUCUUUUGUUAUCCACAAAAAACCCUUACUCAAUGUGACAAGAACUCUAUAUAUUAUUUGUCUAAUGAAUAGCUACUUCUCAUUGGGUGGUUUCAUGCUCAAUCUCAGUGAACAAUCAAACUUUAACAUUAGAACAUUGAAAUGUUCAAAGCUAUACAUUUAGUUGUACUAUUUAAAGGUGCUUUUUCUUAUUAUAUACAGUUUAGAAUCUUAAAAUGCUUCUGCUAAUAGUCAGAAUUAAUUUUAAACACCUCUAAUAUUGUUUUGCAGUUGAUUAUUUCACUGACAUAACUGAAGUAUUUAAAGUUGUUUAAUAGCAUGGUUAUUAUUUAUUUGUUUCAAUUUACAUUUGAUACAACACACAUUUUGAAGGUCAUGAAAACAAUAAAUAUUCAUCCAUUGAGUGAUCCACUCACACUGAGUGAUCCAUUGAGUGAUCCACUCACACUGAGUGCUCCAUUGAGUGAUCCACUCACACUGAG